AUGAUGUCGUCAACCGGAGAUGAGCGGCCAAAAGCGACCGCUGUCCCAUACCGCGGCGAACCUUUACCGAAUGUCCCCAACGACCUCCUCAUCCCGAAUGUCUUGAGCUUGGACUUCGACGAGCGGCUCUGGGUCCCCCAAGCUACAGAUAUCUGGUUCCGCCCUCUUGUUUUCUCCGUCUCACAAGGAUAUUUCGUCAACCUACUUCGUGUUCGCAAGUCAGGAAUUUUGUCACGCCAUCGCCAUGCCGGUCCUCAUUGGUGGGCGACGGAGGGAAGUCAUGCAUUCGAGCCACCUGGUGAUAUCCAUACGCUCGAGGUUCCGGAUGGGGUCGAGGAGAUGGUGACUCUGUUUCAUGCUACCGGGGCUCAUAUUUAUGUUGAUCCCGAUGGGAAACUUGUCAGAGUGGAGGAUGUAUUCUCGAAGCCUGCGAGUGCGAAGACACACUAUGAACGGAUUGGAUUGGGUGCGAACUACGUUGAUCAGUUCAUUCGAUGA